GAAGUGAGGUAGGCAGGAGCCAUGGGUGGAUUCCCAGAAUCCUUGGGUUUGGGAGGCUGGGGGCAGGGCCAGGAGUUGGACAAACAGACCAAAGGUGAGUGGAGCUGGGUCUGCAGAGCUGGAUGGCAUAUCAUGAGGCUGCUGCUCUUCCUGGGCCUGCUGUGCAGCUUCCUGGCCACACUUUUGGGCUCAAAGUGGCCUAUGUUUGGGCGCCUGGUGUCCCCUGGUUUCCCAGGGCAGUAUGGCAACAACCAGGGUCGGACCUGGGAGCUGACUGCACCCCCUGGCUACCGCCUGCGCCUCUACUUUACCCACUUCGACCUGGAACUGUCUUACCGCUGCGAGUAUGACUUUGUCAAGUUGAGCUCAGGGUCCAAGGUACUAGCCACUCUAUGUGGGCGGGAGAGCACGGAUACUGAGCAGGCGCCUGGCAAUGACACCUUCUACUCACUGGGUCCCUACCUGGAGGUCACUUUCCACUCCGACUACUCCAAUGAGAAGCCAUUCACAGGAUUUGAGGCCUUCUAUGCUGCAGAGGACGAGGACGAGUGCCAAGUGACCCUGGGACACUCAGCCCGUUGUGACCAUUAUUGCCACAACUACCUGGGCGGCUACUACUGCUCCUGUCGAGUGGGCUACGUUCUCCACCAGAACAAACACAGCUGCUCAGCCCUGUGUUCAGGCCAGGUGUUCACUGAGAGGUCUGGGGAGCUCAGUAGCCCCGAGUACCCGCAGCCAUACCCCAAGCUCUCCAGCUGUACCUACAGCAUCCGCCUGGAGGAGGGCGUCAGUGUCACCCUGGACUUUGUGGAGUCCUUCGAUGUGGAGAUGCACCCUGAAGCCCAGUGCCCCUAUGACUCCCUCAAGAUUCAAACAGACAAGGGGGAGUACGGCCCAUUUUGUGGGAAGACGUUGCCCCAUAGGAUUGAAACAGACAGCAACGACGUGACCAUCACCUUUGCCACUGAUGAGUCAGGAGACCACACAGGCUGGAAGAUACACUACACAAGCACAGCACAGCCCUGCCCUGAUCCAGUGGCGCCACCUAAUGGCUACAUUUCACCAGUGCAAGCCAAGUACGUCCUGAAGGACAGCUUUUCUGUCUUCUGCAAGACUGGCUUCGAACUUCUGCAAGGUUCUGUCCCCCUGAACUCAUUUGCUGCUGUCUGUCAGAAAGAUGGAUCUUGGGACCAGCAGAUACCACAGUGCAGCAUUAUUGACUGUGGCCCUCCCGAUGACCUGCCCAAUGGCCACAUGGAAUAUGUCACAGGCCCUGAAGUGACCACCUACAAAGCAGUGGUUCAGUACAGCUGUGAGGAGACUUUCUACACAAUGAGCAGUGACGGUAAAUAUGUGUGUGAGGCUGAUGGAUUCUGGACGAGCUCCAAAGGAGAAAAAUUCCUCCCAGUUUGUAAGCCUGUUUGUGGGCUGUCCACACACACUAUAGGAGGCCGAAUAGUUGGAGGGCGGCCUGCAAAGCCUGGUGACUUUCCAUGGCAAGUCCUGUUACUGGGUGAAACUACAGCGGCGGGUGCACUUGUACAUGACAACUGGAUCCUAACAGCUGCUCAUGCUGUACACGGGAAAACAGAGGCCCUGCUCUCCUUGGACAUUCGCAUGGGCGUCCUUAAGAGGCUCUCCGCUCACUACACUGAAGCCUGGCCAGAGGCUGUCUUCAUUCACGAAGGCUACACUCAUGGUGCUGGUUUUGACAAUGACAUAGCACUGAUUAAACUCAAGAACAAAGUCACAAUCAAUAGAAAUAUUAUGCCUGCUUGCCUGCCAAGAAAAGCUGCACCCUUAAUGAGGACAGGCGACAUGGGAACUGUGGCUGGCUGGGGGCUAACCCAGAAGGGGUUUCUUGCUAGAAACCUAAUGUUUGUGGACAUACCAAUUGCUGACCAUCAAAAAUGUACUGCUGCAUAUGAAAAGCAGCCCUACCCAGGAGCAAGAGUAACUGCUAACAUGCUGUGUGCAGGCUUAGAUGCUGGUGGCAAGGACAGCUGCAGAGGUGACAGUGGCGGAGCAUUAGUGUUUCUAGACAAUGAAACACAGCGAUGGUUUGUAGGAGGAAUAGUUUCCUGGGGUUCCAUUAAUUGUGGGGAGGCCAACCAAUAUGGGGUCUACACAAAAGUCAUAAACUAUCUUCCCUGGAUUGAGAACAUAAUGAGUAAUUCCUAAUUUGCAUCCUCUAAUCAGUAUCUGGGAAACUUGGUGGUAGCGUAACCUGAGAAGUAUUGGCAGUCCACCCCAAACCAAA